GAGUAUUAACUGAAAGGAAUCAAAGAAUGGCUUCUGGACCAGACCCUGGCGGCCGUUCCAGGUUUGCUAAACUCGGAAUGGCAAUUAAUGAAGAAAUGACCCAGGCCUGUAGAGAUGUCUUAGAAAUGGAAGUACCUCCUGGGCUUGUCUACAAUAAAGUGAAGUUAUCAUCGAUUUAUAAAAACAUACGUCCUGAGCAAGAACAUCGUCUUAUAGGCGCCAAAACUGAUGGUUAUAAAGAAUUUGAUAUUACGUUAUUAUAUACACUGAUAAGAAACAUAUGUACAAAGAUUCCUUGUCCAACAAAAGCUUGGGGUGGAAGCACGAUGCCGUCAGUAGGAGAAACAACGAUCGGCGAUGACAUUGAGAGGAUACGAUUGAUAAGAAACAGCAUGUUUGGACACAUAAGCUCGGCUUCUACCUCACAGUCAGAUUUUGAUGACACGUGGUCAAUCAUAACUGAUAUCUGCCAAAGACUGCAAACGUACACAAAGAAAGACUACAUGUCUGGACUGAGUAAUAUUCAGAGUCAAGCCCUAGAGGAGGAAUACGAAGCAACAGUCAUAGAAAAACUUAGGGAAGAUCAUAAGAAUAACCAGUCCCUAAUGGCGAAGCUCUCUUCUUUGGAACAGGAUUUGCAAGAAUUGAAAACAAAGUCAGAAAAUGAAGAAAACACACUGGUAAAUGAAAAUCUCGAUAAUUGGCGAGGAGACGACAUUGACUUCAUUCCUACAAGAGCAAGCGAAGCAGUGGAAGAAAAGCUCAGAAGUCUUAACCUGACAACAGUGGUAGGAAAUUCUGGUUCCGGAAAAUCUGCAAUAAUUCAACAUAUUGCACUUAAGUAUAAAGGGCUGGGAUGGAAUGUCUUUCCAGUGGAUAAGGUGGAUGAAAUUAAAAAGAACUGCUCAACUGGAGUCUCAGAAAAUCGAAUAUUAUUUGUAUUCAAUGAUCCUUUAGGUAAGGAAUCGUUAGAUGAAAUUUUAUAUCAUUCAUGGAAAAUUUUAGAGAAAACUCUGGAGAUAUGCUUGAAAAAAAACAAACUACUGAUAUCAUGUAGAAGAUGUGUAUUUUAUGACAAAAGGGUCAAGGGUAACUUAUUGGAUGAAUCCACUGCAGUAGAAAUUGACGGAGAAGAACAUGAUCUGACUGUAAAAGAGAAAAGACUGAUUUUUAAUCAAUAUUCAAAAAACCUGGAAAUAUCCGAAAACAUUGCUACGGAAAUAAUUAAAACAGAAGCUUACUUCCCAUUGCUUUGUAAACUGUUUUCAAAGAAGGUAAACUACAAAGAAAAGGGGGUUGAUUUCUUUAAGAAUUCUUACACAUUUAUUAAAAAGGAAAUUGAAGUUUGGAAAAAAACAGACCAGAAAAGAUAUUGUUCACUUAUCUUGAUAGUAGCUUUUAAAAACAAUUUGAAAAUCGAUGCUAUUGUUAAAAACAAUAUAUCUUUGAUAAAAUUUAAGGAAACUUUAGGAAUGUGUGAGUUACCUGAAAACACACAUAUUUCAGUCAUUCGUAGUACUCUUCAUGAACUGAAAGGAUCCUAUGUCAAACGUGUUGGAAAUGCUUUCCAAUUCCUUCACGACUUUAUUAUGGAGAUAACGACUCUGGUGUUUGGUAUCAAUUGUCCACAAGAGACAAUACAGUACGCAGACAGUGGUUUUCUGAGACGUCGAAUGAAGAUAGAGGACGACAUAGGAGAGGAAGAUCGCGAUCCCUUCACUAUUUAUCUGCCUGGAGAGUACAUUGAUGAUCUUGUGGACAGGUUUAUCAUUGACAUGCAAACAGAACACAUUGUAGAUGUUCUACUCAAUCCAUGUUUACGCAAUGAAAGUGCAAUCAAAUCUUUUAAGGGAAAAAUUGAAUCACCAGGAAAGCUUCUUGUGAGAAUUCAAUGUGAUUUAGACAGGUCGGAUUUUCCAAAAGCAUUUAAGGGCACUGGAACUUUCUUCUCAAGACUUAACUUUAUUUAUGUGGAAGGUGAAAUAUGUCCUUUGGUCGGACUUAUCGUAUUUUGUCACACUGAUAUUUCUUCCUUUCUCUUAAAAAGUAUCCCUGAAACGAAGUUAAGGGAGUAUCCUAUAUUCUCUGCUAUAUGUGCUAAUGGCGAUUUAAAACUACUUAAUUCUCUUAGCAAUGAUUAUAAAAAAUCAGGUAUACUAGAAAAAUGGAAUGGGUUUUUUCCAAUUCACAUUGCUUGUUUAUUUCAUAACUUUUCAAUAAUUCAAGAAUUAGUUAACCUCGGCAGUGAUGUAAACAUGCUUCUCGGUGAUGAAAUGAUCAGUCCAUUGUUUUUAGCUGUUGUAAAUGAUGAGGGACAUUUGAAAGAAGCUGGAAUGGAUACCAAUGCCGGACAAAAACGCAAUGAAACUAUCAUCUGCUUAUUAAACAAUGGUGCUGACAUCAAUGCAUGUGAUAACGAUGGAAACAGUCCUCUUUCAAUAGCCUGUGCUUUUGGACAUGAUUGCACGGUACAACUGUUACUGAAUAACGGUGCGGACAUCGAUUUAUGUGAUAACGAUGGAUUCAGUCCUCUUUAUAUAGCUUGUCAAAAUGGACAUGAUAGCACGGUACAACUGUUACUGAACAACGGUGCCAACAUCAAUUUAUGUAAUAUUAAUGGAGCCAGUCCUCUUUAUAUAGCUUGUCAAAAUGGACAUGAUAGCACGGUACAACUGUUACUGAACAACGGUGCAGACAUCAAUUUAUGUAUGAAGAAUGGAGUCAGUCCUCUUUAUAUAGCUUGUCAAAAUGGACAUGAUAGCACGGUACAACUGUUACUGAACAACGGUACCGACAUCAAUUUAUGUGAUAACGAUGGAUUCAGUCCUCUUUAUAUAGCUUGUCAAAAUGGACAUGAUAGCACGGUACAACUGUUACUGAACAACGGUGCCGACAUCAAUUUAUGUGAUAAUGAUGGAUUCAGUCCUCUUUAUAUAGCUUGUCAUAUUGGACAUGAUAGCACGGUACAACUGUUACUGAACAACGGUGCCAACAUCAAUUUAUGUAAUAUUAAUGGAGCCAGUCCUCUUUAUAUAGCUUGUCAAAAUGGACAUGAUAACACGAUACAAAUGUUAAUAAAUAACGGUGCCGACAUCAAUUUAUGUGAUAAUGAUGGAUACAAUCCUCUUUAUAUAGCUUGCCACAAUGGACAUGAUAGCACGGUACAACUGUUAUUGAACAACGGCGCCGACAUCAAUUUAUGUGAAAAUAAUGGAGCCAGUCCUGUUUAUAUAGCUUGUCAAAAUGGACAUGAUAGCACGGUACAACUGCUACUGAACAACGGCGCCGACAUCAAUUUAUGUGAUAAUGAUGGAGACAGUCCUCUUUAUAUAGCUUGUUAUAGGGGACGUGAUAGCACAGUACAACUGUUACUGAACAACGGUGCCGACAUCAAUUUAUGUAACAAGAAUGGAGCCUGUCCUCUUCUUAUAUCUUGUAACAAUGAACAAAAUAGCAUUGUACAGUUGUUAUUAAACAAUGGUGCAAACGUCAACUUAGGUAAUAUCAAUGGAAUAUGUCCCUUAAAUUUUGCUUCAUAUGAAGGACAUGAGACAUCAGUACAACUGUUACUGGACAAUGGCGCCGACAUUAAUUUAUGUGAUAAGAAUGGAGCCAGUCCUCUUUAUAUAGCUUGUCAAAAUGGACAUAAUAGCACGGUACAACUGUUACUGGACAACGGUGCCGACAUCAAUUUAUGUAAAAAGAAUGGAGCCAGUCCUCUUUAUAUAGCUUGUCAAAAUGGACAUGAUAGCACGGUACAACUGUUACUGAACAACGGUGCCGACAUAAAUUUAUGUAGAAAGAAUGGAGCCAGUCCUCUUUUAACAGCUUGUUUUCAUGGACAUGAUGGAACCGUACAAAUGUUAUUGAACAACUGUGCCGACAUCAAUUUAUGUGAAAAUAAUGGAGCCAGUCCUCUUUGUAUAGCUUGUCAAAAUGGACAUGAUAGCACAGUACAACUAUUACUGAACAACAGUGCCGACAUCAGUUUAUGUAACAAGAAUGGAGAAAGUCCUUUUUAUUUAGCUUGUCAACAUGGACAUGAUAGCACGGUACAAAUGUUACUGAACAACGGUGCCAACAUCAAUUUACGUAACAAGAAUGGAGAGAGUCCUCUUUAUAUAUCUUGUUAUAAAGGAUAUGAUAGCACCGUACAAUUGUUACUAAACAACAGUGGCGACAUCAAUUUAUGUGAUAAUGAUGGAUUCAGUCCUCUUUAUAUAGCUUGUCAAAAUGGGCAUGAUAGCACAGUACAACUGUUACUGAACAACGGUGCUGACAUCAAUUUAUGUGAAAAUAAUGGAGCCAGUCCUCUUUAUAUAGCUUGUCAAUAUGGACAUGAUAGCACAGUACAACUAUUACUGAACAACAGUGCCGACAUCAAUUUAUGUUAGGGUGAUGGAUUCAGUCCUCUUUAUAUAGCUUGUAUAUAUGGACAUGAUAGCACGGUACAACUAUUACUGGACAAUGGUGGCGACAUCAAUUUAUGUGAUAAUGAUGGAGACAGUCCUCUUUAUAUAGCUUGUCAAAAUGGACAUGAUAGCACGGUACAACUGUUACUGAACAACGAUGCCGACAUCAUUUUAUGUAAUAAUAAUGGAACCAGUCCUCUUUAUAUAGCUUGUCAAAAUGGACAUGAGAGCACGGUACAACUGUUACUGAACAACGAUGCCAACAUCAAUUUAUGUAAUGAUAUUGGAACCAGUCCUCUUUAUAUAGCUUGUCAAAAUGGACAUGAUAGCACGGUACAACUGUUACUGAACAACGGUGCCGACAUCAAUUUAAGUGAUAAUGAAGGAGCCAGUCCUCUUUAUAUAGCUUGUCAAAAUGGACACGAAAGCAUGGUACAACUGUUACUGAACAACGGUUCUGACAUCAAUUUAUGUAACAAGAAUGGAGUCAGUCCUCUUUAUAUAGCUUGUUAUAAUGGACAUGAUAGCACGGUACAACUGUUACUGAACAAUGGUGCCGACAUCAAUUUAUGUGACAAGAAUGGAGCCAGUCCUCUUUAUACAGCUUGUCAAAAUGGACAUGAUAGCACGGUACAACUGUUACUGAACAACGGUGCCGACAUCAAUUUAUGUGAUAAAGAUGGAAACAGUUCUCUGUGGAUAGCUUGUUCAAACUCACAUUGCAGCACAAUCGAACUUCUAUUAAAUUCAGGUGCUGAUGUGAAUUUAUGCAAUAAGGGCAACUGUAGUCCGUUGUUCCUAGCAUGUUUCAAUGGAAAUGAAGGCAUGGUUAAACUGUUAUUGAACAAUGGGGCAGACAUCAAUUUAUGUGACAACGAAGGAACCAGUCCACUCUUCAUAGCCUGUGAAAAUGGACAUUACAGCAUAGUCCAAGUAUUAUUACAAAACGAUGCUUGUGUUAAUUUAUGCAAUAAAGACAAUAAGAGUCCACUGUAUAUAACAUACUUAUAUGGUCAUGACAUUAUCGCUGAACUUUUACUACAAUAUGGUGCUGAGUUUUUAUUCUGAAGAUGGAUUCAAUGAUUUCUCAACUCAAGUGCGUUUACAUUAUUUCUGAGAUAUGGAGCAAAGCAAAUUUAAGCUUUGAUUAGACCUUGCAAAAGUGAUGGAGUGCUUGGAAUUUGUGUUUUAUGUUUAGUUUACAGAUAUUUAUUGCUUUUGAAAUUUGUGUGGAUUUUUUUUCUUUUAAAUUUAGUAAUUACUGCAGUACUGUUAAUUGCCAAAUUUUCUGUGACAAUUGAUUUUUUUGAGAUGGAUGCUGCGUAUGUAAAAGCGAGAUGGAGAUAUUGCACUUAAAAGGAAUUUUUUUCUCUAGAGUUUUUUUAUUGUUGAUAUUUAAUAGUAAUACUUUUAUACCCAAGAAUUAUUUUUUUUUGUAAGAAAAUACAAAAAAAGUUCUUUUGAAUAAAAAGUUUACAUGUUCACAGACAUUUAUUAAGCUUACUUAUUUUCUAUGUCAUAUGGCUUUCUUUAUUAUAUUGUACUACUGCUAUUUAAAAGUUUAAGCUAUAAAAAAAAACAGUCUAAUAAAGCGUCUUGUUUCAAGAGAGCAAGGUCUUGCGGCUACAUAAAUCUUUUUGUUCUUGUAAGCAGCAAGGGAGCAGUCGUUAUUUGAUAUAAAGCUAAGCCAUGGCACUGUGUUUUUUUGAUAUUUAAAUUUAUUUAACAAGUGUAAGACGAGUAAUGAUUAUUUAUUUAGGUGUAA